UUCUUCUUCUUCUUCUUCUACUUCUUCUUAUAGCAUUUCCUUUUGAUCAAUCCAACAGUAUUCUAAAUUCUAAUUCUUCUUCACCAUGAACUCAUCAAACCCCAAUCAGAAAUUUGACGAGUAUGCAACAGCAACGGGAGUCCCGGUACCUCAAGGCUUUCAGCAUCAGCCUAGGUUGGGCGCUUGGUCCUCGGGACUUUGCGACUGCUUCUCCGACUGCUCGAGCUGUUGCUUGACGUGUUGGUGUCCAUGCAUCACUUUUGGACGAGUUGCUGAGAUUGCAGACCAAGGAUAUACCUCUUGUGGUACCGCAGGAGUACUUUAUUUUCUACUUGGUGCCGUCACUGGUUUAACUUUCUGCUACUCUUGCUUAUAUCGCACAAAGAUGAGGCAGCAAUUCACACUUGAAGAGAGUCCUUGUUGCGACUGCUUGGUUCAUUUUUGCUGCGAGCCGUGUGCCCUGUGUCAAGAAUAUCGCGAGCUCCAAAGCCGUGGAUUCGACAUGUCUAUCGGAUGGCACGGUAAUGUGGAGAGGCAAAACCGGGGAGUGGCAAUGGGAGCAACAGCUCCUUACGUGGAAGGUGGCAUGGAAAGAUAAAGAGUGGAUGUCGUUGUGUGAUUGAGAAAGACAGUCUUCUUUUGGACAAAUGUAUCAUAUUUAUCUGUUUAUUUGUCCUUACGAAAAAUUAUAUAUUUUAAAGUUUUUAAAGUGAUAUCAAAUAAUAAUAAAGUAUUAAAAAUUAUUGAGU